GCCAACAUGGCAAAUGAUCUAUCCAGAAAAUGGAUAAAUUGGACAUUUUGGGUACCAUUUUGAAAGCAUUUGAUGAAAGAUUCAAAGAUUAUGGUGAGAUCAGGGCACUUUCCUGCAAGUGCUAGCUUACUUAAUUAAAAAAAACAUUUUUUAAUCCCAAGUGAGAAAACCUCUUUUUAGAUUCUUUGAUGGGGGACUCUUGUUUACUCUAUUUAGGUUGUUUUUCAUAUCAUAAUUGAAGAAAUACCCUUUUUAGGUCUGAGAUUUCUGAUAAUUUGAUAAAUAUGUAGUGUCUGUAGGUUGUUGAAGACAAGUAUGUUACAGAAGAUAAGUAGCCACACUAAACUAGAUAAAUUAGGAAUAUAAGAUUAGAGUGAUAGUUGGAGACAAUAUUGUCAAUGGCGGAUAGCAAUCCAUGGCGGGGAGCCAAAAUCCUACCAUGCUGGCUGCUUUGCAGCUCUGUUAUAGCGGAUUAUGAUGGAAAAGCCCGCAAUAUUGACAUAUAUUUACAUUGCAGUGAGCCCCAAAACUGCCAUGUAUAUCCACCAUAGCGCCGCCAUGGCGGAUAUUUUAUAACACUGGUUAGAGAUACACCUAGUGUGGAAAAAUUUAAAGUAUCUCGCCUUAUGUGGCUUGAACAUGAACGUAUAUGGGGAAGGUAAUCAUCAGUAAGGAGUUACCUUAGAUAGACUAUGGUGCCGUAGCUUUAAGUAAAAGAAGAUCAAAGAAAACUAUUAGCCUGCCAAACUAUUAAGAUGGAUUUGUAUUUAAUGUCCUUUCUGUACACAUGAUCCAUCUGCCCGUCUCUGUCUAGUAGGAAAGCCUUUGAGUCUGAAUAUUUUCCUCCGUAUGUAGUUUACAGGCGCUGAUUAAAUUCGUCUGUCAGUAGAUUCAUAGAAAUAUCAGAGUGCUCUGGCGUGAUAAACUUCUGAUUCUGAAGUAAAAUUGUUUGAGUAGUUUGGACAACUAUGAGACUGACUGAGUGUCAGGUCACUUUUUAUAAGGAAUUGAAUUCUCGAAAGAUAAGAGACAUCUUUUGGAGUGAGCGAGCAAGUUACAUGCUUGAAAACAGUUUAUUGAAGGUUCUGUUUGUGUUUCGAAAAUGGCAAAAGGAAGCAGAGGACGAUACAGGGUUGCUUCGCGUCAGUACAGGCUGACUCCAUACCCACUGGCUCGAUGCAAAAGGGGUAUCUGUGAGGAAAUGUGCCAAAAGAAAUGCUCUAAAGCAUUGGAUAAGAAAGAGUGUGAAGAUGUAACAUGUUCUGUGUGCAUGGAAUAUCCACACAAUGCCGUUCUUCUUCUCUGUUCUUCUCAUGACAAGGGCUGCCGUCCCUAUAUGUGCGGAACUAGCCUUCGUCAUUCCAACUGCCUUGAUCAGUACAAGAAAGCUUACACCAAAGUAAUUUCAGCACGUAAUGGACAGAACGUCCUGGGCAGUCCAUUUGUGCGCCAUGAUUUGAACUUAACUGAUGAGAAGAAUGAAGUUACUGAACUUGCUUGCCCCUUAUGUAGGGGUCAGGUUAAAGGUUGGACCGUUGUGGAACCUGUGCGUGACUAUCUCAACGAAAAGCAAAGAAGCUGCAUGCAGGAAGACUGCUCGUUUGUCGGGAGCUAUAAGGAGUUGAAGAAGCAUGUGCGGGCAGAACAUCCUUUGGCACGUCCACGGACAGUAGAUCCUGAUGAUGAGCAAAAAUGGAGAUGGCUUGAGUGGGAGCGUGAACGUGAAGAUGUUAUCAGCACAGUGACAUCAGCCAUGCCCGGGGCAGUGGUUUUUGGAGAUUAUGUUAUAGAAGGUCGCCAUAAUAAUGACUUCGAUUCAGAUGACGAAGAGGGUGCUCUUGCAGCGGGUAAUGGAGAUAGAAAUGGUAGAUUUCAGAUGGGUAUGGAGGCUAUGAAUUUCUUCCUCCUGUUACACGCAGUUCGGCAGGGGAAUGAUAUUAACAGCAUAAGUAGACGUCUGAGGCCUGAGCUGGCCCCUAACAGGUUAGCCGAUCAGAACGAGGACAAUGAGCUGGGUGUCAUACUGGAUGUCUCGGAUGACGACAAUGAUGAUGGAAGCUACAAUGAAGGCAAUGAUGAUGGUGUAUCCCUGGUUAGUCGGCUUCGCCGGCAGGGUGGUGGCAGAGUUCUGUUGAACCGUUCAGGCAGGAGGCGCAGGCGUAGGGAAGCACAUGCAACAAUGGAAGGAAGUUGAUGAUCAUGCGCAGGAGGUUGGAAAGGGGCAAGUUUCUUAGGUAUAUAUUAGUUCAGAAAAUUCAGCAUAGCCAUUAGUGGUGGCUUAAAUAACUAUUUGAAGGGUUUUUCAUUCUCAAGAAGAAAGAAAAAUCAAAAGAUGGGCAUUUUUAUUUGUUGUAAUUUGUCUUUCAUGUACAUGUACAUUCCUUACCUUCCUCCUAUAGUCUUAUUGCUUUUGCACAUUAUAAUGUGAAUUUCACUUAUGUAAACAUUUGAUUGUAUGAAAAUCUUCGGCAAAAAUUUGAUUGCCCUGAAAGGUUCUCAGGAUUGAGAAGUUGCAAAUUUA